AUGGACGAUUUUCUGGCAGCAGUUGGCGCGCAGGCCAUGAGAUAUGCCAUACGGUCUGGCAUCGCCUUGACGUCCUCUUAUGCCAUCAACCAAUGCUCUCGCCUGCUAAAGGCUGUCGACGACAAGAACCUCCAAUCCGAGCUCAGGGUGCUCCAAAAACAACUGGAUGGUAAAAUUAAGAUCAUCUCUCCUGCGAUUGAUCUUAUUGAGUUCAAAUCCGGGCGAGGAAACAUCUUUCUUGAAUCCGCAUUGCCUCUCGCAAAGUCUCUUCACCAGCAGAUCAUCUCCUUGGGACGUCGUGUGGAGGGUGCCGCAGCCGUCGAGGAACACAUACACAAUCUAUCAGAAAAUCCAAAGACAAAGGAGGCUGACCAUGACGCAUUAAAGAGGGUGAUUAGAGAUAUCAAGAGUCUCCUAACCGAGAUUGACCGGGAAAUUCCUCUUCUACAGCUAGCUAUAUCAGCAUCUGGUGAAAGCCUGUCUACUUCACUCCCACCUGGAAUAUCUCCUUCUCGACUGUUGCAGGCUAGUACCCUCUUGACCGUUGGAGAUACACAGCAUGCACAGGAUCCUACAAGAACCGUACAAAUCGGGCCUUCAUUUACGCUGUCUGUAUACAUGCUAUUCUUGGGACACACAUCUGUAUCGUCUGCACCUAAAGAUGAUAAGUCAAGUCCGAGAAGCAGUAAUCAGAAAAUUAGCUCAAAAAACACAGACCAGAUCCCAGUCUAUGGUCUAGGCGAGCACGAUAGACGGCCUGUAUGGCAGGAGGCGAUACACAAGGCUCGGGUGCGGCUAUGCAGGUCCGCUUCCAAGGCAGCCAUAGAUGACAAGAGUUUCAUUGAAGAUAAGGAGAACGCAUCGAACUUUGAAGUCGGCCCCACUUAUGCCUACCACCUCGAAAUUAUUGAAGAUUUGGACGAUGGGCGGGCUCAUGAAGGGGCUGCCCAGGCACAAGCAUACAACGGCGUCUCAAAAGCUGGCAUUCGUGAACAUAUUCCGAUUUACCAGCUCGCCAAGAUAUUCUACACAGACACUGGCAGAAUGCUCAAUAUCGGCGAUGGGACUGAUGGAGAGAAUAAUCCAGUUUUACUCCUCAAGCGAGACAUUAAGGCAUCUCAGCUGCAAAGGCCAGAACAUGAGAUGUAUGGAGAUGCAAACAACGCUACGCAUGACGAUAGUGGUAGCCAACAAGAAGUAAACGAAGAUGAUCAAGCCGACGUGGAUCGACAACUAUUCGGAGAAUCACGAAAGAAGCGGCUCUCUUUGAUAAGCUCUGGGAAUGUUGAAGAGAACUACAUCACCGCCUUCCCCAAACACCUGGAUCCCGAGUGGAUAGCUUUUGAGGUGUACGAAGAAGACGACGAGCAGAGUGAGACGAGUUCCAUUUCGGGCCUUGACGUGGACUCAUCAAACGAAGCCGACGGGCGCGGCAAUUCACCAGAGAAAUCACCAUCACGCCUUCGCGCAAUGGACUCGAGUUUGGUCUCCCAGAUCAAGAAUCUGUCUGUUCAGCCCACGUCACGCAGCACUCUCACUUUAAGCUAUUCAGAUCCUAGCCUUGGUCGUCCAUCGCAAGACCUGGCCGUAGAUUCGGCAAGAAAAGCGCAGGAUUUUGUAUCGCGGUCACCGUUUGGAACUAUCACGACAUCGCUCUCACUAAUUGAGAUGCUCAUUCGGCUUGCUGGCCUUCAAGAGUUUCAACAGGCUUCCCAUUUGUCGAUUCCAGACCACAUCCUGACAUUUUUCUUGGAAGAGACGUCAACGACAGGGUUGACGGGCGAGGCUAUGUGGAGGGCCAGGAGUCAAACCAAACAGCGAGUAGGAUUUGAUCCAUAUACUGAUGCAGCACGAUGA